UCAAAGGAUAUAAACGAGAAAGAAGGAAAAAUUGUAACCUUUGGUAUUACGUCGUUUUAAUUAUAAACAAAAUAAAAAGGACUAAAGGAGAAAGAGUUGAAUAUCCUGUUAUAUCGCCGAGUAAUAAAAGACGACUAUUCAUCCAUUUGUAAGAUAUCGUGAUUCAUUGAAUUAAACCUUAAACAUAUGCACGUGUAAGACAUUAUUAGAACUGUCAUUACAAAAAUAAAUUUAGUGAAAGAUGACAAUGGGCGAUGAGACUCCAAUUACAUCUCUUGUACUUCCCGUUAUAUUACGACCGAUUUUAACUAAGUUGGAGAGACAAAAUGUUAUGGCAGCUCAAACUUUGUGUACCGCACUUUCGAAAGCUGAAAACACAUAUCCUGGUAUUAUGCACGACCUAAUUCUAGGAAUAAUACAAAGGGCCGAAUUAAAUCUUGACAUGAAUGAAAGCGUUUUACGUUUACAAGGUGCCGCAUCCGAUUAUGACGUUGUUGAAUAUCGAACUGCACGAUCUGAAGAUGCUUUUCAAGAAUUAAAUCGUAAAUCUAUGUCAUUGAAAAGAAUAUUGAGUCGUAUUCCGGAUGAAAUAACGGAUCGUAAAACAUUUCUUGAAACAAUAAAAGAAAUUGCAAGCGCGAUAAAGAAAUUAUUAGAUGCAGUAAAUGAGGUCACUGCAUUUAUACCUGGCUCAACGAGAAAACAAGCAUUGGAUCAGCGUAAAAGAGAAUUUGUAAAAUAUAGUAAAAGGUUUAGUAAUACGCUGAAGGAAUACUUUAAGGAAGGGCAAGCAAAUGCAGUAUUUGUGAGUGCAUUAUAUUUGAUACAUCAAACAAAUAUGAUAAUGCUUACAGUAAAGGAUAAAUGUGAAUAAAAAAUUCAUAUGGCUCUCCUGGGAUCAUUGGUCGGUGUGAUACCAUAACAAUAAAAUAAUCAAUAUAUAUAUAUAUAUAUAUAUAUAUAUAUAUAUAUAUAUAUAUAGAUAGAUAGAUAUAUAUGUAUGUAAUAUAAUAUUCUAAUAUUGUAGAAUCUAUUUGUUUGAAGAUUAUAUUUAAAUAAUGUAUAACGUGAUAAAUAGAGUACCACUAUUUUAUCAGUGGCUUCUAGCAUACACAAUUAUCAUACAUAUACAUGUUAAAUAAAAAAAAAAAAAACUGUUGUCUUAUUAUUAAUAUUACAACUAUUUAUAUUACAUUAUCGGAGAUAGAUUUUUAUGUGUCAAAUGAAAAACAAAUGCUUUUACUCGUGAAAAUAAUGAACAUUUACGAAGAAAAAUGUUAAAAACUUAUUUAAUUGAUUACAAAAGAAAUAAAAGUUAUUUUAUGAAUAACGCUUGUACACAAAUAGAUGUAUCUCUUUAGACAAAA